GAUAUAACGACUUCCUGUCUGUAAAUGAAAGUGAAAGCGAUUUAAACCUGAAGUCGCCAUUUUGUCAAGAAACACGAGUAUGAUUCGGGAAAAAUAAAAAGAUAUUUUUAUUGCCAGAGGCCCCAGCAGGAAUCAACUGGCCCUGAUUGGCACAGUAAUGGAGAAGGAGAGAGGAAAACGAAGAGCUGCUUCUGAAAAGCGCCCCCCUGUGGGGUGUAAGAGAAAGAACCCUGAGAGUGUCCUGAUGAAGAGAGCAGACUCCCCUGUACCCAGCUGUGUUUCCCUGAAGAGUGACUGGUCAAUGGAGCCCCCAAUCGCCUUCAGAGAGGGACCUUUUCCUACAGAUCAAAGUGUCCUGAUGGAGAGAGCAGACUCCCCUGUACCCAGCUGUGUUUCCAUGAAGAGUGACAGGUCAAUGCAUCAACCACUCGCCUUCAGAGAGGGACCUUUUCCUACAGAUCAAAGAGACCAAAUGGAAGAAUGCAGUUCAAAUCGACAUGAUAAAUUGAGUUUAUCAUCCAUAUUGAAGUCGCUAGAGGAAAAAACCAUGAAGUUCCUAAAGGACGAGCUGAAGACGUUUGUGAGGCACCUAGAUCAGAAUUACCCAGAAUGCUCUGAGCCUCAGCUGGAGGAGGACAAUGACCUGGACUGUGAUGGUCAGAUGCAGAAGACCAGUGUUAGAGAGGUAGCUCUGAAGAUCACACUGUACAUCCUGAGGACCAUGAAGCAAAAUGAUCUUGCUGACAUGCUGGACAAGAGACAGCUCAUGCUACAGGAAUUCAAAGUUAAACUUAAGAAGCAAUUUGAGUGUGUAUUUGAAGGGAAAGCUAAGGAAGGACAGCCAACACUUCUCAGUGAGAUUUACACAGAACUCUACAUAACUGAAGGUGGGACUGGAGCAGUCAAUGAUGAACAUGAAGUGAGACAGAUUGAAACAGCAUCCAAGAAAAGGCGAACAGAAGAUACUACAGUCAAGUGCAAUGAUAUAUUUAAACCCUUAUGUGGACGUGAGGCACCUAUCAGAACUGUACUCACUAAAGGGGUGGCAGGUAUCGGGAAAACAGUCUCUGUGCAGAAAUUUAUUCUUGACUGGGCAGAAGGAAAAGCAAACCAGGAUGUUCACUUCAUAUUUGCUCUUCCUUUCCGGGACCUGAAUUUCAUUAAGGGUGAAUACAGUCUGAUUGAACUGCUUCACCACUUUGUCCCAGAACUGAAAUCAUUUGAAUCCACUGAGCUGUUUAGGUACAAAGUCUUGUUCAUCUUUGAUGGUCUGGAUGAGUGUCGCCUUACUCUCGAUUUUCAGAACAAUGAGAGCUGGUUUGAUGUAACAAAGAAAACGUCACUGGAUGUGCUGUUGACUAACCUCAUUAAGGGGAAUCUACUCCCAUCCGCUCUCCUCUGGAUAACCUCCAGGCCAGCAGCAGCCAUUCAGAUACCUCCUGAGUGUGUCCACCAGGUGACAGAGAUACGAGGGUUCAGUGAUGCUCAGAAGGAGGAGUAUUUCAGGAAGAGAUUUAAUGAUCAGAGCCUGGCCAGCAGGAUUAUCACACAUGUGAAAUCAUCAAGGAGCCUCUUCAUCAUGUGCCACAUUCCUGUGUUCUGCUGGAUUUCAGCCACUGUGCUUAAGAGGCUUUUUAGUGAGAAUGACAGGGGAGAAAUUCCAAAGACUCUGACUGAAAUGUACACACACUUCCUGAUCUUUCAGACAAGUUUAAAAAAUGACAAGUAUAUGAAAAACCAUGAAACUGAGCUUAAGGAAUACAGCAAGGAAUUCCUUUUAAAACUCGGUAAACUGGCUUUUGACAACCUUGAGAAAGGCAAUCUCAUAUUUUAUGAACAAGACCUGACAGAGAAUGGCAUUGAUGUCGCUGAAACUUCAGUUUACUCUGGAGUGUGCACAGAAGUCUUUAAAGAGGAGUAUGGGUUGUACCAGGAGAAGGUGUACUGCUUUGUGCAUCUGAGCAUCCAGGAGUAUCUCGCUGCUUUAUAUGUGUUUCUGUCAAACUCAUCAGCUGACCUGCUGAAGACUGCAGUGGAUCAGGCAUUAAAGAGCAAGAAUGGACACUUGGACCUCUACCUCCGCUUCCUCCUGGGCCUCUCAACAGACUCCAGUAAGACUCUGUUACAAAGGCUACUGGGGCCGACAAGAAUCAGCUCACAUACCAUUAAGGAAACAACCCAAUACAUCCGUCCAUCCAUUUUCCAAACCACUUAUCCUUCUGAGUUGUGGGAAGUCCUGAGCCUAUCCCAGAAGCCAUGGGCACGAGACAGGGAACAACCCAGGAUGGGGGGCCAGCCCAUCACAGCAGCCCAAUACAUCAAGGAGAAAAUACAGGAGAAUUUAUCUCCAGAAAGGACCAUCAACCUGUUCCACUGUCUGACUGAACUGGGUGACAAUUCUCUAGUAGAAGAAGUACAAAGAUACCUGAAUUCAGGAAACAUUUCAGCAGAUGACCUCUCACCUGCACAGUACUCAGCUCUGGCCUUUGUGAUGCUGAUGUCAGAUGAGGAGCUGGAUGUGUUUGAUCUGAAGAAAUACACCAGAUCAGAUAAACAGCACUGCAGGCUGCUGCCUGUGGUCAAGAACUCCAGGACGGCUCUGCCCAGAAUGCCGCUGGCGGAGUGUUAACACGCACCAGUCACAGGGAUCACAUCUACAACGGGCCCAGAAUGCCGCUGGCGGAGUGUUAACACGCACCAGUCACAGGGAUCACAUCUACAAC